GACCUUUGACGACGCAGACUUCGACGAGAGUGACUCGGAGCAUGGAUCGCCAAACUCGAAGUGCGACUCAACAAAACGGCGCUAAAGCUGCUGGAUCCGUCGCCAAGCAGGUGAAGCUUGCGUCGCCGAAGAGGAAGAAGCCAGCGACUGAGACUGGGAGAGGAGCUAAGAAGGCGAAGAAGGAAGAAGAAGCUGCGGAGGUUGAAGACCCGACGAAGCCCAAGAUUGUUAUAGAGCACUGUAAACAAUGCAAUGCUUUCAAGACACGGGCCAUUCAGGUGAAGGAAGGUUUGGAGGGUGCUGUUCCCGGCGUCACUGUGACUCUCAACCCUGAAAAGCCAAGGCGUGGUUGCUUUGAGAUCCGGGUGGAAGGUGGCGAAACAUUCAUCAGUCUUUUGGAGAUGAAACGUCCAUUUGCUCCAAUGAAGGCUCUUGAUAUGGAAGAAGUCAUCGAGGACAUCAUUAAGAAGAUUAAAUGAGAGACAACGGCUACAGACCGCAAUUAGGCUCUUCGUGUGCCGAAUCUGUCCUUUGUUUCUACCAAUCAGGAUUAUGCAGUAGAAGACUUUCUAGAGCAACUUCGGAUUUGUUAGGUUCACUUUAUUUUUUUCGGUAUGAGCACUGUAAGUGCUGUCUGGUUGUUUUUUGCAAUGGAUGAUUGACUUAGUUUGAUCUGUUUUGUUCUGUGGGAUUAACGUCGUAUGUGUAAGGCUACUUUGAUUCAUUUCUUUGCUUGAAGCAAACCGAUUCGUGUAAUUUCUUUGCUGGGGAUCAGACAUGGUAUUUAACA